ACCGGCUCCACCGUGGAGCACAGGGAGUGACAGGGAGAGAGACAGCAGACCAAGACCCAAGGCUGCCAACCACAACCACACCGGUCCGCAGGGUUGGAGUGACCAUCAGUGAGGAUGGGGGACAUGACCUCUAAGAUGAGUCCAUCUGGUAUGAGUGUCCAGGGGCCCUCUGGUGCUCCUCACACACACACCGCACUGUAUACAGGGCCUGGAGGCGUGGCGUUACAGAGUGACCUGUCUGAGGGCGUGGCGUUAAAGAGUGACCUGUCUGAGGAAGAUGCUCCGUACUUCAGUUGUGAAGAGACGUCCACAGAUGGCAGUGAGCCGCGGUCAGAUGUGGCCCAGGAGCACGAGCCCCCCAGGUGUGGAGUGUGUGAGCAGGUGCUGCUGAAGGACCGGGUCAUCCCCCCCUGUGGACACUGCGUCUGCGAGGAGUGCUCUGCUAGUACGACCCCAGAGCAGGCUGGGUCACGUGAAGACUCGGCCUGUCCUCUCUGCACUAAAGAGAAGAGGGCCAUUGCUGUGCAGAGUGUAGUUCAGGAUUACAAAGACCGACUGAGGAAGAGGUUUGAGCACAUCAGGGAUGGCGGAACACAGACACUCCUCCGUGACGUCUACGCUGAGCUCCACAGCACAGAGGGGGAGAGCGAGGAGGACCAGGCCGAGGAACACGAGGUCUGGAGGGUGGAACAAGCCUCCAAGGUCCAAACAGAACCGAGCGGAACCGCCGCCGCGGGGAUCGGCUGCAACGACAUCUUCAAAGCCUCGCCCGGGAGAGAGGCGUACGUCAAGACGGUGCUGACCACCGGCGUCGCUGGCGUCGGGAAAACCGUGUCCGUGCACAAGUUCGUCCUGGACUGGGCGGAGGGGCGGGCGAACCAGGAUGUGGAGUUCGUGUUCGUGCUGCCGUUCCGGAUCCUGAACCUGACGGAGCACACCUGGCGGAGCCUCCAACAGCUGCUGACGGAGCUGCACCCCGAGCUCGCCGAGCUCACGGACCCGCGGCUGUACGAGGAGUGUAAGGUGGUGCUGGUCCUCGAUGGCCUGGACGAGAGUCAGCUGGCGCUGAGCUUCCAGCCCGGCUACGCGCUGUGCGACACCAACAGCUUCGCCGCUGUGGACGUGCUGGUCGCCAACCUCGUCCAGGGCAACCUGCUCCCGUCCGCUCACGUGUGGAUCACGUCACGACCGGCAGCGGCCGAUCAGAUCCCGGCGAAGUACGUCGACCGAUACACAGAGAUACGAGGCUUUCGUGACGCGCAGAAGGAGGAGUACCUCCGAAAAAGAAUCGCAGACGAGCACAAAGUCGAUCAAAUCAUGCCUCACAUUAAGUCAUGCCGAAGCCUGCACAUCAUGUGCCAAAUACCAGCGGUCUGUUCUAUAGUCGCCACGGUGACUCAGCACAUGCUGGGGCAGGACGACGGUGCAAAACUGCCCCAAACUCUGACCGAGCUGGUCACUCAGCUCCUGCUCAGGCAGGUGCAUCUGGAGAACGAGAUGUUUGAGGGGGAGGAGGGAACUGACGUGGCGACGUUGCUGGAGUACAAGAUGGACGUCAUCGUGAGGCUCUCCGAGCUGGCCUUCACGCAGCUGCAGCAGCAGUGCAAGCUGUGGCUGUACGAGGACGAUCUCAUGGCGUGCGGGUUUCGCGUGGGCGACGCCACCGUCUACUCGGUCAUCUUCCGGGAGAUCUUCUGCGAGGAGGACUGCCGGCUCAAGACGCAGCAGGCGCCGAGGGUGUUCGGCUUUGCCCACCUGAGCGUUCUGGAGUUCCUGGCCGCCUUCUUCGUGAUCCACUGCGCCGCGAGCUGCAACACCGAGCCGCUGGAGACGUUCCUGCGGAACACGUCCAGAGAUCAGCACAGCGGACAGUCUGGCAAGAACCGAAAGGGCGUCUUGUCCUCCAUCAAACACAUCUUUGAGAUUAGCCCCUCGGAGAAGAACAACCUUCAGAACGAGAGCGAGGAUGCCGCUGUCUCGCUGGGCCUGCUGAAGAGCAUCGUGGACAGAGUAGUGGAGACCGCAGAUGGACACAUGGACCACUUCCUGCGUUUCCUCGUGGGUCUGUGUCUGGAGUCCAGCCAGGAGCUCCUGCUAGGUCUGCUCCCGGAGACGUGUCCUGACCUGAAGAAGGUCGUGGAGUACGUCCGAGCACUGCUGGACACAGACAUCGCCCCGGACAGGUGUAUCAGCCUCCUACGCAGCCUGGCGGAGGUGAAGGAUGACGGUGUUCACUCGGACGUCCAGAAGAACCUGCGGUUGAGGAGGCCAGAGGAGAUGCAGCUCUCUCCUGCAUUCUGCUCAACACUGGCCCACCAGCUCUUGCAGUCUGAGGAGGUGGUGGAGGAGCUGGACUUGAGGAAGUAUAACACAUCAGAUAGGGGACGGAGGAGGCUGAUCCCAGUCGUGAGAUGCUGCAGGAAGGCUGUCCUGGUUGGCUGUGAGCUUGACGGGAGGUCGCUGGAGAGGGUGAUCUUGUGCGUCCACUCUCUGCACUACCCCCUGAGAGAGCUGGACCUGAGUGGGAGCGAGCUGCAGGACUCCUGGAUGAUGACAUUCUCCAGCCAGCUCAAGAGCGCCACCUGCAGGCUGGAGACUCUCAGGUUAUCCUGUUGUGCUCUCACAGACACAGGCUGUGCGUUCCUGUCGUCGGUGCUCAGUUCCCCCGGCUGCGCCCUCAGAGUGCUGGACCUCAGCCACAACCAGCUGCAGGACAAGGGAGCCAUGCUGCUCUCCGCCCAGCUGGACAGCCCUCUCUGCAGACUGGAGACGCUCAGGAUUUCGUCCUGUGGUUUCACCGAUGCUGGCUGUGUGUGUCUGGCCUCGGCCGUGAGGUCUCCUUAUUCUCCUCUGAAUGAGCUGGACCUGAGAGGAAACCACCUGAAGGAGACCACCACCCAGAAACUACUGAUCACGCUACAGGACCCACACUGCCUGCUACACACACUGAGGCUUGAUAACGCUGCUAUAUUAUGGGUAUGCCUGGGACCAGUGCAAUACGCCAGUGAGCUCACUCUGGACCGUGACACGGCUCACCGCCACCUCCUCCUGUCCGACGACCUCAGACAGGUCACGCACUCGGCCGAGGCGCAGCCCCACCCGGCACGCCCCCAGCGGUUCCAGCACCGCCCCCAGGUGCUCUGCAGCCAGCCCCUGUCCCACCGCCGCUGCUACUGGGAGACCGCGUGGAGCCAAGAUGGCGGCGUCUCCAUAGGCGUGGCCUACGGGAGCAUCCACAGGAAGGGGUGGAGUCAGGACCAGUUGCUAGGCUACAACGACCAGUCCUGGUGUCUGUUCUACUCUCACGGACGCUACUCGGCCUGGCACGACCGGAACCAGACCGUCAUCCCUGAGAACCGGGUUCCGGUGCAGUCGGAACCCAAACCCGGCCCGACCCUGGACCAAUCAGUGUCCAGCCCAGCUCCACGGGCUCCCAUCUCGGGUCCGAACAGAGUCGGAAGCAGGAAGCUGGAGCAGCUGGCCCCGCAUCACUUCCUGUCCAAGAGAGUGGGCGUGUACCUGGACUGGCUGGAGGGGACUCUGUCCUUCUACAGUGUCUCCUCAGACACGCUGACGCGUCUGCACGCGUUCCGCGCGGUGUUCACAGAGCCCGUCUAUCCCGCCUUCAGGCUCCGUGAAAUGGACUCUUCGCUGAUCCUGUGCUAGAUUCGCUCAUUCUGUUUUAUGUGAAUCUUUGUAAAUUUUAAUUUAAAUGUACAUUUAAUCAUGUACUAUAUUCAGUGUAUAUUUUUGUAUGCUAAGAUAUUUUACUAAUAUAUUUUCUAAAAUGAUCAUUUUAGUCCUCCAAAUUUAUAAAAGAUGUACACAAGAUGUUCCUUUUUGCCUUUUUAAAAACACACAAUAAACAUCUUUACAUUAAAAUUGAGCUGGGACUGUAGGAAUGUAUGAAACACAAUUUGUUUACAAACUUUUUCAUGUUUUAUAAUUUAAUUCAUUUUUAUUCUUGCA